AUGGACCACCCCAACUCACAUCCUGAUGGCCGCUCUUACUACCAGAUGGAUCCCCAGGUCACGGGCGACCAGCUGAGCAGCCACCCCUCACACGAACUGCACAAUGCGGCCUAUCCAGAAUCAGAUUACCGGCCCGGCAUGGGAUACAGGCCCCCGCCCCCGGGCGCAUCGUCAUCACACGCCAACGCGGUCGGGCAAGAUUUUAAGCCUUAUCCACCCCCCGAGCCGCGACACGAACUGCCAUCGGACUCUAUUCACGAUGCCGCCUAUCCAAAUUCCAAUUACAGACCCGGAGGAGGAUACUCGCCGGCAGUCAAUCCCUCAGUAGAGCUGGCAUCACACGGAAUCGACAACGCAGCAUACCCGGAUUCACAUUAUAGGCCGGGAGCAGGUUAUUCGCCAUUGGGCGGCCCUUCAGCAGAGCUAUCUUCGCACGGAAUCAACAACGCAGCGUACCCGGACUCACAUUACAGCCCUGCGGCAGCAUACUCGCCCUCUGCAGGAAAGUCGCCCGCGCCGGCUUCAGAUGUGAUAGACAGUGCUGCCUAUCCAGAUUCAAACUACAGACCGGGCACGGCGUACUCUGCGGCGGCCUCCUCCCGAGGGCCGUUACACGGCCGUCCUCCGUUGCCUUGCCCGAAGCACCUCGAAAGCACAGCAUCACCGUCGCAGUCACCCUGGACGAGAGCCGGGCCCUCGUCAUCGGCUGCUGAGCCUUCGAACGGCGGCAGCCUGUUGCCGCAGUCCACGGGCUCCGAGUUGCCGCCGCCGCCUUACCAGCCUGGAGAGAGCGAAAGAGGCGCACCUCCACCUCGACCUCUGCAAACACAACAAACAUCAAACGCAUCGUCGCCAACGCGCAGACAGCAGGAAGAGUCGAUCCCCAUGACGACGUUUCCCGUGUACCAGAAUGCCGUCGGCCACGUCGCCAACCGCAGCAACGCCUCGUCGGCGCUGGAGCGCGGCUACAAGGAGUAUGACCGCGACCAAGCCAAGGUCGACGAGACGAACCGGCGCAGAAGUAGACGCAAAUGGCUCAUUGGAACACUGGCCACGACAGUGGUUGUAGCCGCCAUUAUUGGUGUCGUGGUGGCGUUGAUCAAGAACAAGGUGUUUGAUGAUGAUGACGACUAG